CACGAAUCUUUUAUUUUUUCAGCCCAAUGCGCAGAGGUGGGCACAGGAAUCUGCUUUGAAAAACACUCGUACUUCAUGUUCAAUAGCAACGGCAUGGGACCCAAUCUGCUCACGCUGUUCGUCAACGGCGUGAUCUUCCUGUCAGUCCUCGUGUUAUUGGAAAGCAAGGCUGCCAAAGUAUUGAAGAGCGCUUGGUGGCGACUGGUGGCUCGUUGCUCGCAUGGCAAAGGUAGUAAGACAACCCCCGCUUGGGAGUUAACACAGGACAACGACGUUGCUGCGGAGGCUGACUUAGUGCGAAAUGUGUAUGAGUCGCGUCAAGCCGGGGGUGGGUUGGAUGACUCUGCCCUGCUCGUCUCCAGCUUGAGGAAGCAGUUCCUGGGAGCCCCUCGGCCGGCAGUCAGUGGCGUGAGCUUCCGCGUGGCCAGAGGGGAAUGCCUUGGCCUCCUGGGGGUCAACGGAGCAGGCAAGACGACGACCUUCAGGAUGUUGACCGGGGAUGAGGAACCCUCUUCAGGAGACGCCAUGAUAGAUAACAUAUCACUUCACAGGGAUAAGAACAAGUUUGUGCAACAAAUAGGCUACUGCCCUCAAUUCGACGCUGUUCUUGGCGAGUUGACUGCCAUAGAGAUGCUGACGCUUGUGGGCAGGCUAAGAGGAGUCAGCGACGCACGGAUGAAGCGCCUGGUUAACGAGUUGGUGACUCUGGUUGGCCUCACGGAAUGUGCGCAGCGCCCUUCUUCAACAUAUUCGGGAGGAAACCGUAGGAAGCUCUCCACUGCCAUGGCGCUAGUUGGGUCCCCGCAGCUGGUGUUCCUUGACGAGCCGACCUCGGGCGUCGACCCAGCAUCUCGUCGUCGAGUGUGGACUGCCGUCACGAAAGCAAUCAACAACGGCCAGAGCGUGGUCCUCACCAGUCAUUCCAUGGAGGAGUGUGAGGCGCUAUGUUCCCGUAUCAUUAUCAUGUCUCGUGGAACCCUCCGUUGUGUAGGAACCACGAGCCACUUGAAGGCUAAAUUUGGCCAAGGUUACAGUGUCCAAAUAAAACUGAGAACCCAUGGCUUAUGUCCCAAGGGCGCUACAAACAUUGAAGAUGUCUACACAUCAAAGGUGCAGCAAGUAAAGAGUUCCAUCAGUUACUAUCUUCCUGGAGCCGUGAUUAUUGAUCAACAUAAGGGCAUGUUGUCGUAUAGGAUCCCAAGUAGAAUAUCGUGGGGGCGGCUCUUCUCCGUGAUGGAGGCGCUGAAGAACGGCAGACAACCCAGCGACCGAGACACUGACGACGUCGCCAGCCCAGUCGCAAACCCACAGGAAUCUAUCGUAGAGGACUAUGCGGCCUCAGACACCUCGUUGGAGCAGGUGUUCUUGACUUUUGCCAGAGAAGCUUCGGGUGAAAGCCAGAAUAAAAAUAUCCCUCAGGAAGUCGUCACGAAAUUGUGAAGUCAUGUCUAACUUUGUCAUAUGCCCGUGUUCUGCUGAUUGGCGGAAUGAUCGUGAAUGUGUACAAUGAAUGUUAUCUUAAGGUAUUCUUAAAUGUUGUUAUUAAAGAUAGUGACUUCUACAGCUUCUAGAAGAUACGUCAUUUUAGGACCUUCAGCUCCAUUAUAUAUAUAUAGAUAGAUAGUUAGAUAGAUAUAGAUAUGUGUGUGUGAGAGAGAGAGAGAAAGAGAGAGACAAACCCUGGUCAUCAGGUUCAUAGCUGGAGUGGCCUAAGUUCGAGACCUGGUCAGGGAGGGUUGUUAUUUAUCCAUAUCAAUGCAUCAUUGCAUUACUCAAUCUUUCAUAUGUUUAUCAAACUUCCAUGAUUACCUCGUAUCAUAACCAAAAUAUAAAAGGCAAUGCUCAUUCUCAUUUUGAAGCAUGGAAAUACAAAGACAUUUACCUUCAUUUCAUAAUCCUUAUAGAUGUUUGUCGAGUGAAUCGUCCUUGUUACUAUUUAUUUAGAACACGUCAAAGAGAAUUUACAUUAGAGCAGCGGUUUUCAAAGUUUUUGGCAUAGCUACCCCUUGGCACGGUUGCCAUCACCCCGACUCCAUUCCUCCUAUUUAGUCAUCAUUCCUUUGACAAAAAAUAAUAUUGUUUCUUUAUCAUAAAUUUGAAUUAAUGCAUCAUUGCUUUUGGUAAUAGAAUAUAAACAUUAUUUAUUGAAUUAUUAACUGAAAACCCAGUAUUGUUUGUCCUUCAGUAAAAUAUGAACGCAAUGGUCUGUAAAGCACAAGACAUAUAUUCCUCUUCCAGUCUGGCCCAAAAAGGAUUCAGUUUUUCAAUCUGAUGAUGUUUAUCCACUUCGGGAGUCUUAUCCUCUUUAAAUGCAAGAAAAUCGGACUUUGCUGCUAUGACACUGUCCUUGUUUAUUAGUAUUAUUAUUCAUUCAUUAUCAUUUAUUUAUGAAUGUACUUCUUCAGUCGUUAAUUCAUUCAUGAUUAUCAUUUAUGAAUCUACUCCAAAUACCUUUUACUUUUAGAAAGUGCCUCGUUGCCCCCAGAAUCGGCUUCAUUACCCUAGUAUUCGAGUGUAAGAGUUCCCUGUAGAAAAUCCAGAUAUAAAUUAAUGUGAAAGAAAAUGUUCGUUUUUUUAAUAAUAGAGUAAGACGAUGUGAAAGAAAGUGCUCGUUUUAUGAUAAUAGAGAAAGGCAACGUGAAAGAAAGUGCUCGUUUUAUGACGUUGAGGAUUUUUUUUUUUUUUUUUGAGAGGGAGAUAUCCCAGUUGUGAAAAUUAAGCAUAUUCAUAGUGCAUUGUUUCACCUUAAAACCGAGAGUAUAUAUUGAUGUAACCAAAGUUCAAUAGAUAAAUAAAUAAACAUGUCUUUUUUUAAA